AUGGCAUCGUCUUCUCUACAGAUUUGUGCAUUGCUGCUGGCUUUAGCAGGAUUCACCAUUAUACUUGUUACUACCAUGUCUAACAGAUGGAAAAUUUCGGACACUGCAACAAUACUAGUUACUGCAGACUGGAUUUCUGAAGGUCUUUGGAUGGACUGUGCAGUGACUGCUUUUGGAUCAAUACAGUGCAAGAAAUUUCUCUACAUGUUGAGUUCAGACAUUCAUAUUCAGGCAUGUCGUGCCUUGAUGAUUGCUUCCAUCCUUUUGGGAUUCAUAGCUACAGUACUCUCAUUGCUUGGUUUGAAGUGCACAAACAUUGGGUUGAGCGAUGAAGAUGGAAAAAUGAAGUUUGCUGUCACAGGAGGAUUUCUCUUUAUUUUAGGAGGUCUCUGCUCCAUGGUGGCUGUUUCUUGGUAUGCUGCGAUGGUUACUGCUCAAUUUUUUGACCCAUUGUACGCUGGAACCAAGUAUGAACUAGGAGGUGCUCUGUACUUAGGCUGGGCUGGAUCUGUUCUUUAUACGCUUGGUGGGAUCUUACUGACCUGUUCAUGCAAAGGGAAGAAAAAACAGGAUUACAGUUGCAACAAAUACGCGUAUUCAGCAGGCCAGGCAGCUCAUCAGCAGCGCAUUUACACCAAAAACCCUGAGACAGUCAUAAGCAACAAGGAGUACGUCUAAACUUAUCUUUUACAUCACUUAUAACGUUAGUAGGUUAUGAACUCAAAUACAGACGUGAACUACUUCCAGGUUUCCG